GUAUGUUUGUAUGUGUUUUGUGCACAUGUUCUUUUGUAUUUGUAUUGGUUCACAACAUGCUCUAUGAUAACAGCGUACGAUAGCGACGAUAUUGAAGAGCUGCAGGAGCCAUCGGACGAUGAGAUCAAAGAGGGUCAAUGGCUCGGCGUUACGGUGCGAUCGCAAGGACUCGGCGGCAGGGCACUUGUGUGCGCGCAUCGUUACGUCACCAAAAUGAUGGAGAAUCGCUUUGGCCAAGGGCUCUGUUAUGUAUUGACCAACGAAUUGACUUACGAUGAAGUGUAUGAACCGUGUAAAGGCCGCACCGUACAGAGAUUUUUAAAAAAU